GUUGCACCACAGUAGUUGCUAAUAUUACUGUAAUUACUACAUUAUGUUUUUAUUGCUGUACAGCUGGUCCUCUGAUUACGUUUGUGUUCUGAUCCAGUUCAAAAGUAGAAUUUUUAUCCUUAAUGGUUUAUUCUUAGACGACACAUUGCAGCCAAUGCAGUUUUCUCCACAAUGUGUCAUUUCACUUUCAAUUUAUUUGACGUAUGGAGGGUGAAGUCGAAUAGAACAAAAGUGAUGUCCUUUUUCUGUGUGGCGACAUAACUCGGUAUAUGUAACCGAGGACCAUCUGUACAUCUGAAGGGGUUACGAUAGUAAGUGAAUUUGGAUAUACUUUAGAGUAGUCAGUGUACAGCUUGCGGUCAUUUUGGAGGUGUUUUUGGUACUCGUUAUUAUGUUGGAAAACUACAUGUGGCCCACUUUCCCAAGGGAGGUGAUCAUACUCUGCAUUAUGGUCCAUAAAACCCUCAAUGAACCACAGCUACCCAGCUCCGGUAGCACUCGUGCAGCCUCAGGCACCAGCAUGCUUGCUUGACUGCAGGCCAGACACAGUUAUCACUAUUUAGACAGUAAUGGCUGUGUAUUGGGCGGCACGGCAGUCAAGUGGUUAGCACGCAGACCUCACAGCUAGGAGGUGACUCCAAAUUGUCCACAGGUAUGAAUGUGAGUGUGAAUGGUUGUUUGUCUAUAUGUGCCCUGUGAUUGGCUGGCGACCAGUCCAGGUUGUACCCCGCCUCUCGCCCAAAGACAGCUCCAGCACCCCCGCGACCCUCGUGAGGAAAAGCGGCAGAAAAUGAAUGAAUGGCUGUGUAUUGACUUACUUCAAUGUAUUGUACACUGACUACUCUGAAGUAUAUUAUCAUCCUUUGAGAAUAUAUAUAUAUAUAUACGUAUAUAUAUAUAUAUAUAUAUAUACUACAGUAAAAUGGUGCAAAAAUGUAUGGAGUAUACUGUGUAAUGUAUGUAUUUGAUGUCAGUGUGCUAACAAGCACAUGUCCGUGAUGAGCUAACCUGCGGAGAGAUGGCCUUCUUCAAGAGCUUUCAGCAGAACCUCCCAUCCGUCAACAUCUCCUCCAUCUUGGAUUCGGUCAGCAGCCGAGUGGACGACCUGGCCAACGCCGUCAGCGACGUCACGUACGCAGUCAGCGACCAGCUGACCGAGCAGGUCAACACCAUCAUCAACAAGGUUCAGGAGGAGGAGGAUGGCGAGCAGGAGGCAGCGCAGACGUCCACUGCGCAGGAAGGGAAAGUGGGCAGUAAAAGCGUGUGGCCGCUGAGCAGAGAAUCAGAAACAAGUUCAAGCGCUAAAAACAACCAAAGCGGCGAUGCAGCAGAGGCGGAGUACACGGCCAGCCAGCUGGAGUGGGAAUGGAGGGACGGAUGCUGGCGGGUGAAGAAGACAGAAGCCGAGUUAGCAGAGGAGGAGAGGAGGAGGAAGGAGGAGAAGGAGCUGCAAGAGAAGAGAGAGCAGAGAAGGAAAGAGAGGAGACAGAAGCGCUUACAGGAGGCAGCCAUGUUUCAGAAAAACAAUCCCCAAGAUGAAGAGGCCGCAGAAGAUGACGGAUUAGAAAGGACAAACCCAGAAAGUCCCGGUGAAGAAGCAACUCAGCACAGAGGGAGUGACGACCAUGAUGGACCUGAAGCGACAGAGGAGAACGACAGAGAGCAUGAGGAGGAAAUGUGCAGCCUGGAGGGUGAGGGUGAAGGUGAAGGCGAUGACGAGGAGGCGCCUGAUACUGCUAAGUCCAAAGUGAAAAAGAAGAAGAAAGAUAAAAAGGAGAAAGUCCCUUCCAAGAAAGCAGAUAAGGUGACCAAAAAGAAGGAGAAAGGCAAGAAGAACAAGAAGAAAGAGAAAAGCAAACAAGAGGCCGUUCUAACAGACAGCGAGGAGGAACGUGGCCCAGAAGCUGUGGUCCAGUCCAAUGUGAGCACAGUGUGCAACAGCAGCAGCAACAUGCAGGCCACAGAGCAGGAAGGCUACAGCAGCGAGGCCUCGAGUGAACACGCAGGUAACAGCAUCCAGAGGAUGAAGAAAAGCCCGUCCCUCACAGAGGGCCAACCUCCCCCGUAUCAAGACCGGGACCGCGGAUCGGCUGCACGGGUGUGCCGUUCUCGCUCUCGUGCGACACGGGAAGUCCGGAGAGGGUCGUCCCCUCAGCGCUGCUCCAGUGAGGCCAGUGUGGACCAGGACACGGAGAGCUACCUUAACAAAGGCUGCGAGGAGGACAUACCCAGUGACAGCACUGCUGUGGUGGGACCAGAGGACAGUUCUGGUCCGCAGCUCCCUACGGCCUACGAACCAGAACCGUUGGGAAAAUACGGCACGCUGGACGUGGCCUUUGAGUACGACUCCACCGAGCAGUGGUUAGCCGUCACGGUCACGGCGGCGACAGACAUCCCCGCCCUCAAACAGACAGGCAACAUCUCGUGGCAGGUCCACCUUGUACUGCUGCCCACUAAGAAGCAGCGGGCCAAAACGGGCGUCCAGAAGGGCCCGUGUCCCGUUUUCACUGAAACCUUCAAGUUCUCCAGAGUGGAACAGGAGGCCCUGGGGGACUGCGCCGUACGUUUCCGGCUGUACAGCAUCAGACGGAUGAAAAAGGAGAAGGUCCUAGGCGAGAAGGUCUUCCAUCUGACUAAGCUCAACCUCCAGGGGAAAAUCGCUCUUCCAGUCACGCUGGAGCCUGGAUCUGAACUUACAGGCUGUGGAUCGGUGGUCAGCGUGUCCCGCAGUGCAGGAGCCCUGUCCUACAGGUCCACAGAGGACUCCUCCUUGCCAGAGAUCCUCCUGGGCCUCGUUUACAACUCCGCCACAGGAAGUUUAUCUGCAGAGGUCAUCCAGGGGAGCCACUUUAAAACCACGUCGUCCGAUAAACCCGUCAAUGGUCUUUUUUGUUGUGUAAAACAUUUCGUUGGGGGACAACUUUAUAUCAUGAGAGACACUUACGUCACACUGAGCAUGCUGGACUCCAAGGGGAAGGAGAUGUCCAAGUGCAAGACAGCGGUGUGCCGAGGCCAGCCCAGCCCCACCUACAAGGAGACCUUCGUCUUCCAGGUGGCGCUCUUCCAGCUCUCUGAGGUGUCGCUGGUGUUGUCAGUGUUCUGCCGCCGCAGCAGCAUGAGGCCCCGGGAACGCGUGGGAUGGGUCUCCUUGGGACUCAACAGUACCAGCGAGGAGCAGCUGGCCCACUGGACGGAGAUGAAGGAGGCCGAGGGGCAGCAGGUGUGUCACUGGCAUACGCUUACCGACACAUAGAAAGGUCAGGAUGGAUCCCUGCAGCGUUCCCUGGAGUCGGGGAGUCCGGGAGUCGGUUGUGUGGCUGUGAUGCACACACACACCGACCUUGUAGGUGGAAGCUUCCUUCUGCAUCCAUGAAGGCGGCAACACUAAACAGCAGGGUAAAAAAAAAAAAACAACAACACACAGACGAUGGUGGCGCUUCAAAACGUUCGGAUAUCUGAAGAUACCUUUCAGCGUGACGGUCGGCCCAUAAGCAUACAUCCAAACCACUUCCUGGAAUGGCCCAGCCGCAACCCAGACCUAAACCCUAUUCAACAUGUGGGUUAGUGUUGCUUCCACCUAAAAUGACUGAACCAAAUAUACGACAACCCUGGGUAUAAGACAACCUUUUUGGAAAAAUUUUAAAUAUUUAAAAUAUUGUAUUUUGAUAUAUAAUAUACUGUAGCGUAAAUUACAAAAUAAUUAUCUAAAUAACAUUAAAUGAUCAUAUAUAUUGUAUAGUUUAAUUAUAACUGUAAUAUUUACUUAUUACUUUUAAAAACAGUCACAUAGGCUAUAAUAUAUGCAAAAGCAGAUGGUGAAAUACCGUAUUGUACAUUUGUCCCAAUAUAAGACGACCCCUUUUUUAACUCAUUUUCUAGAAAAAAAAAAGUCAAAAGACCAAAAAAGGACAAAGAUUGUUUGCUAACACUUUUGACACUUUUUAACUGUUUAAGUUUUCUCUGUAGUACGACCGAGUAUUAGGGCCACAGAAAAAUAACUGAGAUUUUGACAAUAAAGUUUACAAGGAAACAAAAAAAAGUUGAACAUUUACAAGAAAAAAGUUGUAAUAUUACGAGAAGUCGUAAAUCUAUGAGGAAAAAUCUUUGCAAGCAAAGCAGUUAUACAUUUACAACAAAUAAGUUUUUAAUAUUGCGAAAAUAAAGUCGUAAGCUUACGAGAACAAAAUCGUACAGUUACGCCCCCCCCAAAAAAAACUGUAAAUUUACAAGAAUAAUGUUGUAUGUUUGCAACAAGAACGUAGUACGUUUCCCCCCAAAAAAGUUGUAAUAUGACAAGUUAAGUUGCACAAUUACACCAAAAAACCUGGUAAAUUUACAAGAAUAAAGGCAUAAAUUUAUAAGAAAAUUACAUUUACAAGUUGUAAAUUUACAAAAAAUGUUGUUAUAUUACAAGAAUAAAGUCGUAAAAAAAAAUUGCGAUAAAAAAUUGUACAUUUCCUUAAAAAAAGAAUAAAAUCAUAAAUUUCGGAGAAAGAAGUUGUCAAAUUACGAUAGUCGUACCGUUACAACAAAAAAAAUUGUACAUUUACAAGAAUAAAGUUGGAAAUUUAGUUGUACAUAAUUGUACAGUUCCAAAAAGAAGUUGUAAUACUGCAAGGAUAAAGUCGUAAAUUUAUGAGAAAGAAGUUGUCAACUUACGAGAAUAAAGUCGUACAGUUAUGACAAAAAACCUUGUCAAUUUCCAAGAAUAAAGUCGGAAAUUUAUAACAAAAAAAAAUUUACAUUUCCGACAAGGUAGUACAUUUCCCAAAAAAAAGUUGUACUAUUGCGAGAAUAAAGUCGUAAAUUUGUGAGACAGAAGUUGUAGAGUUACGAGAAUAAAGUCAUAUAGUUACGUUAAAAAAAAAUUGUAAAUGUACAAGAAUAAAGUCGGAAAUGUAAAACCGAAAAAGUAGUUAGUACAUUUCCCCCCAAAAGUUGUAAAGUUGCAAGAAUAGUGUCACAUAGUUACAUCAAAAAGACAAAAAUGUUACAAGAAUAAAGUCGGAAAUGUAAAAUCAAAAAAGUAGAACAAUUCCCCCAAAAAGUUGUAAGAAUAGUGUCGCACAGUUACGUCAAGACGACAUGUAAAUUUCCAACAAUAAAGUCGGAAAUUUACAAGAAAAAAAGUUGCACAUUUGCGCCAAAAAAGAAAAAAUGUGAAAAAAUGUUGUAAUACUGCGAGAAUAAAGUCCUAUAUUUAUGAGAAAGAAGUUGUCAAGUGACGAGAAUAAAGUCGUACAGUUACGACAAAAAAAAAAACUUGGACAUUUAUAAGAAUAAAGUCGGAAAAUUUAUGAAAAAGAAGUCGUACAGCCAGUCAGGACAAAAAAUAUCUAUAUUACAAGAAUAAAGUGAUAAUAUCUCAUGUGUUUACGACUUUGUUCUCAAAAUCUCCGAUUUAUUAUUCCCCGCCCCCCCAAUGUGGCCCCAAUACUCGAUACUCAAGGCUGUUUUAUAGGGGAAAAAAAUAGUAUAGCAAAAUAGUCGGUAAGAUUUUUUUUUGAAAAGAUGAGAAAAGCCUGGCAUUUUAAAAAAAGGGUGUGCUGACUUUUUGUGUCCACUGUGUGUCAUCAUAUGCCUGCGGAAAACUGUUUACAACAUACAGACCCUCCCAUGUAGCAUAUAUUGUACACUCUUAUAUAGUAUAUAUGUAUAUGCAUAGGACACAUUUACUGUUUCAGUACCUCGGACCAAAGAGCUGAGUGUUCUGCUCCAGAUGCCACCAGCAUAGCAGAUGUUUCUUUAAGGGUCACAAGCAAAAAUGCAUUGACUGUUAAAAAAACAAAAAAAAAAACAAAAAAGGGCCUACUACAUGCUGCAACUUUGCUCACAAGCUGCAACUCCUGUACAGUUUGUUUACAUGCGCCACAUUAUGCAAGAUUCAUCGUUUGUUAUCAGUCAAGAGGUUUACCAGAUAUAAAGCAUUUCUUAACUUGCUUCAGGGGUGUCCAAACUUUUUCCAGCGAGGGCCACAUAGUGGAAAAUGGAGAAAAAAAUGAAUUUCAACUAUGUGAAAUGCAGUUUGUUUCUUAUGACUAUGACUAAAUAAUUCUUCUUUAAUAUUUCAACUUUAUGCGACGAAAACAUUAUUUUUCCUCAUAAUAUUAAGAUGUAUUUUUUUCAAUUUCUACUAGUGCUUUUUCUUUUUUAAUUUUCCAAAUGUUUCAACUUUAUUCUUGUACUUUUUCCUCUCCCUAUGAUGACUUUAUUCCCCAUGAUAUUAUGACUUUAUUCUGUGAAUAUUAUAACUUUUUCCUGAAACUAAUAAUGUUAAUAUUGUUAACUAUAAUAUGGUAAAAUUACUGCAGAUUUUUCCAUUUCUGUUUUUUUCAAAUUUAAUUAUUUCUCAUAAUUACGCCUUUAUUCUCCCAAUUUUUAACUUUUAAAUAAAUAACUUUUUUUUAAUGUCAACCUUUUGCCGCUACAGUCACAUUAUAUUUUCUCAUGAGUUUAUUCUCAUAAAAAUGUUUUUUGUAUGAUUAUGACUUUCUUGUAAAAUGU